ACAAGUUGGCUGUGAAACAUACACUGUGUUAUUGAUAAACAAGCAAAAUGUCGAAAAAUUCCCGGCUAUCGACUUCAGAAAAUCUGCGUAAAACAGUCACCAAAGCUCAAGUCGUAAAAAAGGCGGCGCCUCGCGAUAGAUCCUAUGAUGAUGAUGCAUUCGUCACCCUUUUCGGUCAUCGCGGAGGUCGUGACAUUAUAAUUCUGGACAAUCACGGAGUGCCCCUUCGAUCCACUUGCAGUCAGAGGCGAACUUUUCACUAUGUCUCCAAUCUGAAGCCCCUUCUUUUUAUGGCUCGCAAUGUGGUCAGGGAUUUGGACCCUUCGAACGAUAUUACAUUUAUGCGGAUUCGCUUCAGUGUCGGCGAAAUACACAUGACCUUGGGUUCGGACUUUAUUUUGAUUGUCGUGCAAAAAUUUAAGAAGUUAAGGAGAAGUUCAACAUCCUAAAAAAUAGUUGUCAAUUGAGAGUUAAUUGAGCUGUACCUUUUAUCCCACUAAAAAUUAAAUUGCAUGCAAUUAAGGCAAA